CACAAUGCGGUAUUGGUAAAGUUAAUACGAGAGAAAAAACUAUAAUAAAGCAAAUAAAAUAUUCAGGUGCACUCCUUCCUCUUGACCGAACAUGGCGGAGAGUCAGAAUUUUGAUGAACAGAUGUUAAUCGAAGACGAUGGGCUUCGCUGUGCCGUGAAAAUAGAACCUCAAGCAAGGAAGAUCUCACAGAGAACCAUCUUGUUAAUAGCGUGCUUGAGUGCAUUGUGUGAUUGUCUUCUGUUGUCUGUUAUAGUACCAAUUAUACCAGUAUAUUUGGAUGUAUCUGAGACACCAACAACUAGACCACCGACUGCUGAAAGCUCAACAAGCAACAAAACAUUUGCAACUGUUUCUUCGCCAACAGUGAUAGAUUCAUCCAUGGAUCUCAAAAUUGGGGCUUUAUUUGCAUCCAAAGCCUUUGUUCAGAUUAUGGUGAAUCCAGUAGCAGGGCAUCUAACAGAGAGAGUGGGUUACAGCAUCCCAUUAUACAGUGGUUUUUGUGUCUUAUUUAUAUCAACUCUUGUUUAUGGCUGUGGUUCAGGUUAUUGGCUUCUCUUUGUAGCAAGAGCUAUUCAGGGACUAGGAUCAUCUUUUGUUCUUAUUUCUUGUUUAGCAAUGCUUGCCGCUGCCCACCCUGAUGAUAAUGAGCGAGGGACAGCAAUAGGAAUAGCAAUGGGAGUGACAGGGCUUGGAGUCCUAGCUGGGCCCCCAUUUGGAGGAUUGUUUUACAGUAUUGGAGGAAAGGGCCUUCCAUUCUUCAUACUUGCUGGUUUAAUUUUUUUAACAUUUGUGUUGGUGGUUUUUGCCCAGAAGCCAGUUAUGCCAAAAUAUACAGAAAAACCCACCCUCAAGGACUUGCUGUCAGAUCCUUACAUUCUAAUUGCCAGUGGUGCUGUCUGUUUCUGCAACAUGGCAUUUGCUCUUCUGGAACCAACAUUACCCAUAUGGCUGUUAGAGACUAUGGAUGCUAAGGAAUGGCAGAUAGGUGUGAUCUUCCUACCUUCAACUGGGGCAUACCUCAUAGCCACACCACUGUUAGGAAAAUUGGGCAAUGUGAUAGGCAGGUGGCUUGCAUCUCUGAUUGGUCUUGUGUUAGUAGCUGUUAGUUUAUUUGUGGUUCCGGUUGCGAGGACCCUAGCUGCCCUUGUCGCCCCGCUGUUUGCCCUUGGCUUUUGUAUCGGAAUGGUGGAUACUUCCAUGGCUGCCACCUUGGCCUACCUAGUAGACAUUAGACACGCCUCUGUAUACGGCGCUGUAUUUGCUAUUGAAGAUUUUGCAGCCUCAGUCGGUUUCGCUUUUGGACCACUCCUUGGAGGGGUAAUUGUAUCUGAAGGAAGUUUUCCAUGGCUUCUGCAUGGAUUAGCGAUUCUGAAUCUUCUUUUUGCCCCUCUCCUUGUGUUUCUGAGAAACCCACCGUCCAAACAUCAAUUAUUACAAAUUGAGGACGCAGAAGUUUCAGGUAUUGAUGAACAAAUAGAGAACGCGGAAAUAUGAGAAAGCUGUGAGUGAACGUUUGGAGAGAUUUGCCAGAAAGACACAAAUCUGAAAAGAAGAACGAAGAAGAGACAGAACUGGCAGCUGUUGCUGUCCCAGCGUCUUAAUCUGGCCCAAAUGAAAUCUGAGUCGUAUUUUAUCAUAACAUAGUUGAAUUGGCUUCAUUACUUCACCUCACUAAAGCUUGAUAUUUGAAAAAUGUUUACGAGUUUAUAUUAAAGGUGUUUUUGAGCGAAAGCCACAUGAACUGAACAUUCAAAACAAUUAUUCUUGCUUUCAUUAUUAUCAUUAUUAUUAUUAUUAUUAUUAUUAUUAUUUCAACAUUUGAAAUCUGCAUGAUAAAAGAGGUAAGUUUCUAAAGAAACGGUGGUGGUGUGUCGGUGAGGGAGUGUAACGAGAUAAUUUGGUUUCAUAAACUGAGUUAAUAAUGUAAUUUGGCCACCGUAAAGAGUUUCUAAGCUGACGUUUCGAGCAUUAGCCCUUCGGCAGAGCUAAAUCUGCAGAAUGGCUUAAAAUAGGCCACUUUUGAUAGACUAAAUUUCUAACAUGGCAAGGAGGAAUUAAACAAAAGAAGUUACUUAUUCAUCCCUCAA